AUGCAUGCAACUUCCAUCGAAGAAUCACCAACCAACGCAGUCGCCGAUCAGCCCCGAAGCCGGUGCCUCGCUGGCGAGAGGGCUGCCCUUCUGUCCUUCAAAGCCGGCACCACCGACCUGCAUGGCCGGCUUGCGUCGUGGGAGGCUGGCAGGGACUGCUGCCAGUGGAGCGGCGUCCACUGCAGCAACAGCAUAACCGCAGGCGCCGUCCACCAUGUCACCAAGCUGAGCCUGCCCUUCUAUCUCCUGGGAGGUGAGAUAAGCUCGUCCCUGUCUUCUCUAGUGUUCCUCAGGCAUUUGGACCUCAGUGGCAACUUCUUGGGGAACAGUCGCCCUAUACCUCAGUUUCUGGGGUCGCUGGUGCACCUGAGAUACCUGGACAUUUCCAGGAACAUUUUUGACGGUCCAAUACUACCCCAGCUUGGCAACCUCUCCAAAUUGAUGCACCUAAACAUCGGCUCGUGCUGUUUUUUCUGCGAUACAAACCCCACCGAUGUGUCAUGGCUGUCACGCCUCAGAAAGCUCAAGCACCUUGACAUGACCUCAUGGGACCUCACUACUGCUGCUGCCAACUUGUUUCCUGCUAUAAAUGUCCUUCUGGAUCUAAGAGUGCUUCGUCUACCUUACUGUCGCCUUACAAGUUACUCGCUACAGUUUCACAAUUUGUCUGCACUGACCGUCCUUGACCUCUCAUACAACAGCCUCCAAGGCUCAUUCCCAGCAGUGGUAGGGAACAUGACAUCCCUUGAAGAGCUUAACCUGGGCUAUAACAGAUUCGCCGGGUUGCUGCCACCAUCCUGGUCCAACCUGUGCAGCUUGAGGCUUCUUGGUCUCAGCGCAUCAGACGUAAACGAUGACAUAAGAAAAGUGAUUGAGAAAUUCGGGUGCACAUGGAAGACGGUGCAGUAUUUGUACCUGUCCGAUGCCAACAUCACUGGGAGCUUGACAUCAUACUGGAUAGCGCAACUCACAAGUAUGCGCGAACUUGAACUAGGCGGUAACAUGCUCACUGGACAUAUACCCACAGAGAUUGGAAGGCUGUCAAAUCUGACCGUUCUGUACCUUCGCAAUAAUGCCUUCAGUGGUAACAUCACAGAGAAGCAUUUCUCUGAUCUUGCAAACCUGCAGACCUUGCACUUGUCAGAAAACUUGCUAGCAGUUAACUUGGCGGCAAACUGGACUCCACCAUUCAAACUGCAGGAUGUCUACCUCCGAUCAUGUCGCAUUGGGCCCCAGUUUCCCUUGUGGCUACAGACUCAAACGACUGUCGAACGCCUUGAUCUCUCCAACAAUAGCAUAGGGGGUGCUGUACCGAGUUGGUUCUGGAAAUCGGUUUCAAAUGCAAGUGAAGUAUAUCUCUCAGAUAAUCAACUAAAUGGAACACUGCCAACAACUCUGAAGCAAUUGCCAAUGCUUUAUGUGUUAGAACUUAGCUUCAACAGAUUCACAGGAGUGUUACCAGAGCUGCCAAUAAGUCUAGGAGAACUCAUAGCCUCAAACAACUUGUUGUCAGGACCACUGCCAGCUAACCUUGAGUUGUGCACCUUUUUAUAUUUUCUAGUUAUUUCCCACAAUCUCAUCAGUGGGACAAUCAAGCCGUCCGUGUGUCAGAUGAAGGUUUUGAACGUCUUGGAUAUGUCAGACAACCAACUACAAGGUAAAUUACCAUCAUGCUGGACAGACUCUCAGUCUAACCAGUCGCAACUGAAUGUUUUGAUGCUAAGGAACAACAGUCUAUCAGGUGAAUUUCCAUCAAUAAGCAGCAGCAAGCUGGCUCUUCUUGAUCUUUCCUACAACAAUUUUUUCGGAAGUAUACCGGUAUGGAUUGUUAAGAAAAUGCCUUUACUGAAAUAUCUGAUAUUGAGAUCUAACAUAUUCUCUGGACACAUACCUGAAGAAAUCACAGAGUUAGAUUAUCUUCAGUAUUUGGACCUGGCUGAAAAUAAGAUAUCAGGAACUUUACCGUACUUUCUAGCGAAGAUGAAGGCAAUGAGUUAUGUACACAAUCAAUAUGUGAAAGAUGGACCACUUAAUGUUGGACAUCCCGUCUAUAUCACGUCUUACAAUCGACAGCAACGAUAUUUUGAUAGUUUGUACAUGGUUUUCAGAGGCGAAAUGCUGCAGUAUUCUAGCAAUGCUCCUUACUUGGUGAGCAUUGAUCUGUCCAGAAAUUCUCUAACGGGAGAUAUUCCAAGAGAAAUUGGUGGCCUUGUUGGGUUGAUAAACCUGAACUUGUCCAGGAAUCAUUUGCACGGCACGAUUCCAGAUCAAAUCGGUCAGCUGCAAUCUCUAGAGGCUCUUGACCUUUCAAAUAAUGAACUCUAUGGGGUAAUUCCGGAGGGCUUAUCAAACUUAAGUGCCUUGAACCAUUUGAACCUGUCAUACAACAAUCUUUCAGGAAGGAUUCCAACAGGAAGACAGCUUCAAACACUUGAUGAUCCAUCUAUAUAUGUUGGGAACAGUUAUCUCUGUGGGCCACCUACCUCUAACAAAUGUGCAACAAAUCAGCCUACAGUGCCCAGCCAUCAUGAACAAGAAGGUAGAAAUAACCUGAUGUUUGUUUUCCUUGGCAUGGGCAUCGGUUUUACAGUUGGACUGAACAUAACACUCCUUGUGCUGCUCUUCAAGGAGAAAUGGAGAAUUGCAUACUUCCGUUUAGUAGACAACUUAUAUGACAUGGUCUAUGUUUUUGUCAUUUUAACAUGGAAGAGCUGGGUUAAAAGAAACAUGCCAGAAGCUUAA